AUGGCUUCUUCUCCCUACUGGAUCGAGACUGACGAUUGGCACACUGCUGGCGAGCCUUUCCGAGUGGUAGAGAAACUCCCACCGGGCUUUCUCCCCAUGGCCUCAACUGUAACCCAACGCCGCUUCGACAUCAUCGCGACGCCUGGACACCCACUAGAUCAGCUCAGACAGUCGCUAUGUCACGAGCCUCGAGGCCACGCCGAUAUGUACGGCGGUUUUAUCACCCCCCCAAAUGAUCCAGGAGCCGCUUUCGGCGUAUUGUUCUGGCACAAGGAUGGCUUCUCUACUGCAUGUGGCCAUGGCACUAUUGCCCUAGGCUACUGGGCCAUAGCCAAGGGCGUCGUCAAAGCCCCGGAGAAUGGAACCUACGAUGUUGUGAUAGAUGUACCCUCUGGCCGCGUUGCUGCCACUAUGCACCUUGUGAAUGGCAAGCCGAUCCACGCCGACUUUAUCAAUGUUGCCAGCUAUCAAAUCUCUAAAGGUCUUCAAGUGGCUAUUCCCUCUUCCCAAAAGCAACUAAGCGUGGAUCUGGCCUUUGGCGGAGCUGUCUAUGCAACAUUGGAUGCCGAUCAGGUCGGCCUCAAGGUUGAGCCGAAGAAUGUAAACGAUUUCAUCAAAAUUGGCAGAGAGAUAAAAGCAUCACUCGGAACCCGCGCUCACUACGGAAAAUAUGACUGCUACGGUGUCAUCUUCUUCGACGAGGAAGGAGAAGAGAAGAUCGAUGGCCAAGACUUGGUUGUUAAACAAAGAAACGUCACCGUGUUUGCGGAUGGACAGAUUGACAGAUCGCCAUGUGGCUCCGGAUCCUGUGCUCGUCUGGCUGUUUUGCACGCGGAGGGAAGGCUCGGGCCUAAGAAAAACAAAUUAAGACACCGUUCUAUCAUAGCCACUUCAUUUGAAGCAGAAAUCUUAGAGGAGACCCAGAGCCCCAUUGCUGAGUUUCCUGCCAGCAUACCGCGCGUUAGAGGUACUGCUCAGCUGUACGGGAAGAUGAGCUUCUAUAUUGACCCGGGUGAAGAUAUUUACCCUGGUUUUCUGCUUCGAUAG